ACGGCCAUCUCCGCCCCGGCUGGCGGGACGUGAGCGCUCCGGGCUCGGCGGGGCUCGGCUAGCGCCGGCUCCUGCCCUCUGCAGCCGGGCUGGCCGGGGCGGGGAGCCGCGGCGGCGAAGAGGCGCCCGACGAGACCCCCGGCCAGGGACGAAGUGGGAGGAACAAGUUUCUGUGAAAAUGAAUAAUGCAGGGGAAGCUGCAGGGUUUGCUAUGAAGAGGAGAAUAAGUGACUGAAAGAAAGAGAUGUGAAAAGAAUGGUAAGCUGUGUCCCAUGACGACCUCACCCGCUAUGUUCUAUGGAUCUUCGUCCGCCAUGUCCUCACCUUCCAAAAACAAACUUAAGCGUCAGAGCCGGAUAUUCUCUCAGGUCUUGUACCGGACGUUGAGCUACAAGGACCGCAGCUCGGUGUCGGCUUUCCCCCUUGCAAGCAGCGAUGACCCAGCUGAACUUUCCACUCAGGUUUCAGCCCCUGGGGUCCUGAAGAUAUUUGGGGGCAACAUCUGUGCGGGCACCAACUACAAGAGUGUCCUUGCUACGGGGAGCUCAAGUGCGCGGGAGCUGGUGAAGGAGGCGCUGGAGCGCUAUGGGCUGAGCAAGGUGGACGCCAGCCACUAUGUGCUGUGUGAUGUCAUUGGGAUGUUCAGCGGCUCUGAGAAGCAGUGGCAAACGGAAGGGUUGCGAGUCCUCGGUGAUAAUGAGAAGCCCCUUCUGAUUCAGGACCUAUGGAAGCCCAAGGAAGGGUUCUCCCGGCGUCUGGAGCUACGGAAGAGAUCUGAGGUGGAGGAGCUGGCCGCGAGGGACGUAGACACGAUCACGGCAGGCAUUAAUGCCCAGGCUCGGAAGCUGCAGAGGAACCGUGCGAAGGGCACCAUGACCCUGCUGACGGGUUGCAAGCGACACUCCACGCCACCGACCCUCCGACGCAGCGUGAGUGAGACCAGCCUCAGUCACGUGGGCUCUCUGGAGGAGGAGCAGCUCAAGAGACAUUACUCCACGCUGCCCGAGACCAUCCGCGGCCUGGAGAGCUCGAGGGAUGAGCAGCAGGCCCCCACGGCAGAGCGGAAUGGCAGCAGUGUGCGGUACUCCCUCUACCAGUCCCCUCACCUCCUACUCCUGCAGGGCUACAGUUACCAGCAUGAUAGCUUGGUUUACCUGCUGAACCGCGAGCAGCACACGGUGGGCCAGAGGACUCAGUCCAGCAAACCCAGCAUCAGCCUCUUCGCCCCGGACAUCCUGCCCCUUCACUGCACCAUCAGGAGGCUCAGGCUGUCGAGCCGCUCCCGACACCAUUCGGAGGAGAAGCUGAUCCUUGAGCUCAUCCCGGGGGCCAGUGUGUCCAUCAACUUCUCCGAAGUGGUAAGGACGAUCGUGCUGCACCACGGAGACCUCCUGUCCCUGGGGCUUUACUACCUGCUUCUCUUCAAGGACCCCACGAGGGCCCAGCCGCUGCCUGCACAGACACUGAUGAGGCUGAGAUCUAUGCAUCGAGCCUCGGACCCCGAGGCACCCGUGACCUGUAAGAUGUGUGGCAGCCAGCUCAAGGAGAGGGGCCCCUCCUCCAAGAAGCACGGGCCCUCCCCUGCCGCAGGCCAAAGAUCAGCCAGGAAGAGGCUGCAGCUGGAGUUUGAGCGAGCUGCCGAGGACGUGCUGGUGAGACGGAUCGUGACCUUGAUCGAGCCUGGGGGUGACGAUCACAAGUUGACACCGGCCUUCCUGUUGUGCCUCUGCAUCCAGCACUCCGCCACCAGCUUCGAGCCGGGCGACUUCGGCCAGCUGCUGCUCAAGUCCGCCAAGAUGAUUCAGAGGACAGUGUGGGAGAAAACGAAAGAACUGGCCGAGAAGCAGUCCCAGCAUCAGGAUCCUGGAUCCCUGUCCCGCUUCACCAUCACAGACCUGGUCCCGGACCUGCAGCACAUUCUCUUCUGGAUGUCCAACUCCAUCGAGCUCCUGUACUUUAUCCAGCAGAAAUCCCCCAUCUACAUCCAGAGCCUGGAGGAGGAGCUGGAUGUCAAGGGUUCUAAGGAGUCUCUGUUCUCUUCAACCAUCACAGCCAGUGAGGAAGCCAUGACAGUCCUAGAGGAAGUGAUCAUGUAUACUUUUCAGCAGUGCGUCUACUAUAUCUCCAAGUCUCUGUAUGUAUCUCUACCUGCCCUCCUGGAGUGUAACCCCUUCCAGAGUGAGGGCCAGGAAGGUUGGCGGGCAUCAUCCCAGUUGCCUGAAGAAAUACGUAGAGUUGUGUUGAUCUACCAGGCUACGCUGGACCUGCUCCACCAGUAUGAAGUGCACCCUGAAAUAGCCUCCCAGAUGUUUGCCUACCUCUUCUUCUUCUCCAACACUCUGCUCUUCAACCAGCUCAUGGACAAAGGCUGCUUCCACUGGUCGAAAGGAGUGAAGAUCCGCGCCGGCCUGCGGCUCCUCCUGGAGUGGAUGCGGGGCAUGGGCUUCGGGCACCUGGCCGAGCAGUUCUUCAGCAAGCUUUCCAGCGUGGCUCACCUGCUGGCCAUGCCGAGCACCCAGCUGGCGCAGAUGACCUGGCCAUUGCUGAGAGCCGAGUUCCCCGCCCUGAGCCCUGCUCAGCUCCAUCACAUCCUGACUCAGUCCCAGGCAGCGUCCGAGGUGGGGUGUGUCGCGGCCUGGCAGGAGGACAGCCCUGCAGCCUUCAAGACAGACGAAGUGCUAGAGUCCUUUGAUAACCACCCGCCCAUCGUCCUGCCAAGUGGAGGAUUUAAGGUGGACUUGGAGGUGGAGACGCUGGACGAUAAUGUGUACCGGCAUCUCCUGUACAUCCGUCACUUCCUGUGGAGUCUGCGGAGCAAGAGCCCCCACGCCGGUGACUUGCUGGAGUUGGAGCCCGUGAAGAAAGACAUUCCCACCAGCCAAAAUGACCCCGAGGUGCCCGAGAACACACUCACCUUGCCAGCCCUGGGGAAUUCCUUUGGCCAGUCGGAUUACAGACGCCCAGGUAGCUGUGUGGAGGCAGAGGCUGCUGGGAGCCCUCCGCUCCCCACAGACAUGAGCCGAUCCCCCCGAGACUAUUAUACCAGUGAGCCACAGCGCCAAGAAAAACUCAAGCAUCUGCAACUGCCCAGCAGCCUGGGGAAAAACCACCUCUCCAAGGCCAGCGUGUUGCCAGUGGAUCCCUCCUGCUUACUGACCCCUCCCAAUACGCCUCUGAACUUUGACCCUGGAUGCCCAGAAUCCCCUCAGAGCACCAGCUGUGGGAAAGUCAUCCAGGACCCCAGGAAGGAUGGACUCAAUGGCACCAAAGCCACCACCCCUGAAGGAUGUUCUCCGAUGCCCUACGACUAUCCCACACCAGCUUCCUCCAGUCGCAGCUCAGCCACGGAUGAUUUCUGCUACGUCUUUGUGGUGGAGUUGGAAAAAGGGCCCAUUGGGUUGGGGAUGGGACUGAUUGAUGGCUUGCACACCCCUUUGAACUCUCCCGGCAUCUACAUCAGGACCCUCAUCCAGGGCAGUCCUGCAGCCUCAGAUGGCAGACUCUCCAUAGGCGACCGCAUCCUGGCUGUUAACGGCACCAGUCUGAUUGGAGCAGACUACCAGAGUGCAGUGGAGCUUAUCCGGGCUGGAGGGAAGAAGCUGCGGUUUCUGGUUGCCAAGUCUGACAUGGAAAUAGCCAAGAAAAUCAGCUCCAGCUCACCAUCGUCCUCUUAACGCUCACGUUGCAAGGGCCUGGCCGUAGCCCCCUGCAAACGAAGCUGCCGUCAAGGCCAACUACACGAAAGCUGGUGGUGGGCAGAGACCGUACCUGGAACACGGAGGAUCCAGUGUGAAAUUGCACCAUUCCAGGACUAAAGAACUGUUCUCAAUUUGCUUUUCAGACCGUUGGGUAUCUCUGUUCUGCUCUGCCAGGGUCCGGGGGGACACUGCUGAGCGAGCGAGGGAGGGGACUUUACAAUCCAAACACCCCUCCGCUCACAGGUGUAUCGCAUGGGCUCAUUUUACAGCUGACGUCAUUCCCCCUGCCAGCCUGAGCAUGGGGUUUCCAUAGCCCCCUACUUACCUGCCCACCCCCACUCCUCUUUGCAGAGGACAGAUCCCAUUCCAGGCAAAGUUCUCUUUGGCUCAACCGAGGUUAGGAACAAGCUAUUCCAUUCCUCUGCACUCAGAGGGCAUGGCAGGGCUGGUGCCUGACUGGCAGUGGGGGCCCUAAGGGCUGCUGUUGCAAUUAUUGAGUUACCUAGCACUGGCACCUGGGAGAUUUUGAGCACCUAGUGAUUAACAUAACAAUUACAGUUAACGUAGGCCAGAACUGCCAGGGAACAUUUAUUACAAACCCCAAACAGCUGCUUUGCUGGAACAAACUCAGGUUCCUGGGCUGUGAAAGGUGGCAGCAGAAUAUCACCCUCUGGCCUGUCAAGCUGGAUUCCUGAGGGUGGGGGUGUCUGAAGUACUAAUAAAUACAGAACAACCGGGGUGCAGGAAAUGACUUUUACAGGGACAGGCUUUAGCAGCAUAAGCUGAUGCAAUGGGCUGUCAUGGUGGAACGGAUGUGAGCGUUACAUUCACUUCCUCCAGGGCCUGACAGUCAGUUCACCCUGCCCUAGUGUAGUGCCUUGCUGCUGGUAGGCUAGGACCCCCACCUCCGGGCCCUGCCCUGGGGCUGGAAAGUGGCUUCAGCAAAGAGAAAACAGCGUGAGAGCAGCUGCAGUUGUAUAACCACCGCUCCCAGGCUUGGCAAGAGGGCAUCGCUGGAAGGGUCCUUCUCCUUUCCUCAUCACCACCGCAUGGGCUGCUCCCUGGCUCUAGCAUUGGCCCUACUGCACGGGGGAAUCUACUUUUCAACCUUCUCUAAAGCUGACCCUUCAACCGCUUUCAGCGACGUUGUCCUGGGGAGAGGCUGUCACCCUGUGAAGCCCACACCUGAAAGCGAAGCCCCCAGCCAAGGUGAACUAAUAUGACCUCUUGCUUUGGUAAAGUACUCCCAGGGGAACAACCUGCGCUGACAGUUUCACAAAAUGGAGACAUGGCUGCAACCCAGGCAGAAUGGCUGCUCUUACGUGUUCUCAUUGGCUGCAUGGGUGAUGCCUUAUCCGCUGCAGGGGCAAGCCCAGGCUCUGAGACGGACACGGCUGGGGCUGUAAUCUUUUUUACUGGACCAACUACCAUUGGUGAGAGAGAAAGAGACAAGUUUUUGAGCUACACCGAGCUCUGCUUCAGGUCUGGGAGGGGCACUGCUAACUCCAAGAUCGAACAGACAGUUUAGCAUAAGUAUUUGCCUCUUAUUCUAACCAUUCAAGGUGAAGGGGCCUGUUAACACCCCUGUAGUCAUAUAGGACCAAAAAAAGGGGGCAGGAGGGGGGUUAUGGAAUAAGCCAUAAAUCCUUAGCAGGCAGCCUGCAGCUCAUUAGUAAGUGAAGAAGUCAAACCUCCCCCACAUAGAGCUAGGGGCAUACUUUUGAAGGCACUGCUACUUUUGCAGCUGGAUCUGACUAAGUGCAAAUGGCAGCAGUUAGAUGGCUAGUCACCAGGUUGCAGGCCCCAGCAGGUAUGUAGCUCUGCGGGUAGUUGAGUGUGGAUGCCAAAUCAGGGGUAGUUUUAAAAAGUGUAGCCCCUGCUGAAACAGACAGGCAGAGCUGGGGAGUUGCUCCAUGGACCUGAUUCUGUCUCCCAUGCCCCAUCCCAUCUUCUGCAUACCUCAGCUGCUCAGCAGUGCCUGCUACUGCCAUGCUGAUGAUGUUAAACAACGCCUGGCCUUGAAACAGACAUCCCCCUUUUUGGAAAGUCAGUCACAGCUUUAACAGCUUAUUCCCAAGAGUGCACACACAUCACUCAGCUCUCUCCUGCCAACAGUGUGCCUGCUCUACCCUGGGGGGAACUGGUUUAAUUGCAAGUAUAUUCUUCUGGGCUAGUGUAGAUGAGCUGUGUGUGGGAUUUAGCAAGCGCAGAGGGAGAAAACCCUCCCCUCUUACUCCUGCACUUUGAAGUCAGUGGAAAAACCUCAAACUAAUCACUGUAAGGUGGAAGUGCAGCAUUAGCCCACCCACCACACCGCAGGGUUCUGUGCAGCCUCAUGGACAAGGCAUCUAAACCCACAUUGCAAGCUCUCCAGGCUGACAGAAAUAACCACUCAAGGCUAGUGCCUGGCUUCUGUACUGUGGCAUACUCAGAACAGCUGGGCUAGGCCAUCUGCACAGCAGCGACUGGAGAUACCCUUUAAUUGUAACAGAAGAAGGUAACCACACGAAGGCAGCUCAAGGCUCUGGCUGCCUUAUUAACAGUCAAAAGAACUGUGAACAUUAGCUUGACCUUCCUCCAUUGAGCCCUGGGAUCCCCCCCACCAUCCCACUCCAUGCCCCUGCCAGCUGAGGGCUUCAGAGACAGGCACAAGAACUGCCCUUGAGCCUCCAGGAGAUCAUGGUAUAUCCCCCCUACAGCCACACUUGUCCCAGCCCAGGGAGCAAGAGCCUGAGUUUGCAACAUGACAAAGCAGGCCCAGCUAUGGCUUGAUUCAGCAGUACCAAAGCAAGCCAAACAUACUGCUCUCCAGCUUUGCAGGCCCCCCCCUGCAACCCAUAAGGAGAAUAGCAUAAUUCACCCCACAGGAGAAGUGACCAGCCUCCAUAACUGGAUGGGAAGCACCAAGCAAUCAGCCCCCAAUUGUCUUUCACUAAUAUUAUAGUUAGCGCUAAAUAUUCCUAUUGCCUGCGUGCAAAGUCAGAGGCCUCUAGAGGGCACAUGCUCUCUGCCAGCAGCAGAAAGGGGCAUGACCACUCCCCUCUCUUGUUAAUACUGUACAUCUCUACAAUGUAUAUAGUCUAGUGCAGACAUGGAACAAAGAUCAGGGCCCACCUGUGACAGGGCUGCUAUGUUCAAGGAGUUGUUCGCGGUGUGAAAAAUAAACUGGAUCCAAUAAAACCUCCCUAAGCUCCAUUCUGGUGGCUGUGGUUUGGAGCCUGUUUGGGCCUUGCCAGGUUCAACUGAACUUUAGAACAAAAAGGGAGCAGAGGCAGGCCCUCGCUUACCUAAAUCAUCCCCACAGGUUGCCUACACUUCCCGCCAUUUCCUGGCUACAGGACUUGGCUUCCUGCUCCAAGCACCUGUUACAGGCAGAGAGAGCACAGGUGGUGGGGGAACAGCAGGAGGAGUCACAAUGCAGUCAGAGCAACGGAGAAGGAAAAGGCGACAAGUAACAGCUGAUUGGUAGGACAGGGCAAAGCGCCCCGCAAGGGACUUGCUUUGGAGACGGCCCCCUGGAUUUUCAGAACCUUCCAGCCCAGAGCUCCUUUGGCUGCUGCCAUGAGCUGCGAAGGGAAGCAGGCUGGGCCCCUCCAGCAGACGCCCCUCAGGCAGGCUGGGCCUUUGGCUAAGCUUUCUUGGAAAACCCCAAUUCACAUACACUAGCCAGCGCCCUUCCCCUGUAGCAUCAGGUUGUCUGUUUGGGGUGCGUGCUGCUCCUGCCUCAUGGGGGUGAUGUCACUGGUCUCCCCGGGCGGGCCCGGACCCGAGUCCCACAGC